AAUUGGAAAAAAAAUUUAAUUCAGUGUCAAAUUUAUCGGAUUUUAAUUUUUUUUUUGCGAAAUCGGUAGUUUGUUUCGCGCCGUUUGUACUUCAGCCUAGCCAAGGUUCCUUCAAACUCAACAACGGAGCCGCCGCAACGAGCUGUGAGCUGUGAGCUGUGAAAACGAAACUGAAACGGUUAUUCAACCAACAGACUGAUUUGAUUCCGAGGCGAACGCUUAAAGACGACGGUUGGUCGAGCGGGAAAUUGAAAAAGUUUAACAGACAAAAUCGUACAAACCAAAAGUCAAAGGAAAUAAAAAAUCUACAAAACCAGCAAAUUUAAUAUUCAGUUCAGAGAUACUUUAUAAAAUCACAUCACUAACGGUGAUAAUUAAGCAUUAGUGUUCAACUACGAACAAGUGCAUUUAGCAUAGAGACGGUAAACGUUGAAAUUCUGUGAUUCGUGCAUUUUUUGGUUGUGUUUCAUUUGUUUUUGCGUUCGUGGGUGCAGAUUGCAGACUGCAUUUUGAGCAAAAGCCAACAAAACAUAGACAUAGCAAGAGAUUUACGAAAAAUAAGUGAAUAUUGCAUAUCCAACAACAAUUUUACAGGCGAAAAAUUGCAAGAGAGCAAAAGCAGAAUAAGUGCAAGAAUAUAAGCAGUAAAUAGAAAGUUGAAAGCUUUUAAAGUUGCACUUUUUGCAGAAAAGGAAGAGCCAAGAGAAACUAUAUCGCAUAUUGUUGAAAAAAGUCCACUAGCGUGUAAAAGAUUCAAUAUCCUACGUACACACCCCACGGUAGCGCGCAGGUCUUUGCAAAAAAAAAUAACAAAAACCUAAGCAAAAACUAUUUCAAAGUCACAAAAAGCUUUGAGAGGAACUAAAAACAGAUUUGCGAAAAAGCAUACAUACGUACAUACAUAUAAUUUGCAUUGAACUAAUCGCGGAAGCGAACAAAUUGUGAACAGAAGAAUAAAAAAUAAAACUAACACGAGCUAUCUAGUAGUGCAAAAGCUAACAAAUCGACAGAGAUGGAGAAAGAUUUGAAUGGUGCAAUGCAGAGCAUGUCUAUUAAUAGCAGCAGCGGCAGCGCAAUUGUCAAUGGCUGCUGUCGCGGCACCGAGUGCAUCGUCAGCGGUAAGCUUUCGUGCCACAGCCAACAACAACAAUUUGACGAUUGCAGCAGCAACCUGAGCAACAGUCAAAACAACGGCCAUUGCGUGGCAUGCAAGUGCGGCGGUAGUACUCAGUCAGCGGACGAAACAGAUAACGUACGCGUCGGCACGUUCGGUAACAGCGAAGUUGGCGGCGUAGCCAAUGUUACAUCCAGUUUUUCGUACAAAUCGACAUCUGCGCAGCAGCUACAGCAACUUCAGCAGCAGCAACAGCAAGCUCAGCCACAAACACCUUUGCCACCACACGCUAACGCUAGUAUCGCGGAAAAACGCAAAAUGGUUCACGAGUUAUGUCAGCAAUUAAUAUUAACGGACGAACAGAUCAGGGAAUUAAAUUAUCGUAUCCUGCAUGAGAUCAAACGCGGCCUUAAUAAGGAUACACACGCCAAAGCCGAUGUCAAGUGUUUUACAACGUAUGUACAAGAUUUACCCAAUGGCAAUGAACGUGGCAAAUUCCUAGCACUCGACCUUGGAGGUACCAACUUCCGUGUGCUGCUAAUCCAUUUGAAGGAGGAGCACGAUUUCCAAAUGGAAUCGCGCAUUUACGCCAUACCACAACACAUCAUGAUCGGCACAGGUCAGCAAUUAUUUGAUCAUAUUGCUGAAUGUUUGGCCAGCUUCAUGUCCGAGCACAAUGUCUAUAAGGAGCGCCUGCCAUUGGGUUUCACCUUCUCUUUCCCUCUACAACAGCUUGGACUAACCAGAGGUGUUUUAUCUACUUGGACGAAGGGUUUCAAUUGCUCUGGUGUUGUGGGUGAAGAUGUUGUGCAACUAUUGAAGGACGCCAUUGCGAGACGAGGUGAUGUACAAAUUGAAAUUUGCGCUAUCCUAAACGAUACUACAGGUACACUGAUGUCAUGCGCCUGGAAGAAUCACAAUUGUAAAAUUGGCUUGAUUGUGGGCACUGGUUCCAAUGCUUGCUAUGUGGAGCGAGUCGAAGAGUGUGAGCUUUUCGAAGGCGCAGAUAAUGGCAAAUCUCAUAUGCUCAUCAACACUGAAUGGGGCGCUUUGGGCAAUAAUGGUAUGUUGAACUUCCUACGCACCGAAUUCGAUGAUGAAAUCGACAGACACUCCAUCAAUCCGGGCAGACAGCUAUUCGAGAAAAUGAUAUCUGGCAUGUAUAUGGGUGAACUGGUACGUUUGGUGAUUGUUAAAUUGGUCAAAGCAGGCAUACUUUUCAAGGGUCAAGAUUCAGAUGUGUUAAUGACACGCGGUCAAUUCUUCACGAAAUAUGUAUCAGAAAUCGAGGCCGACGAACCCGGCAACUUCACUAACUGCCGCAUGGUGUUGGAUGAAUUGGGCUUGAACGACGCCACCGAUGAGGAUUGCGCCAAUGUCCGUUACGUCUGCGAAUGUGUAUCCAAGCGUGCUGCGCAUUUGGUAUCCUGCGGUAUUGCUACACUCAUCAAUAAAAUGGAUGAAAAACAUUUGACAGUAGGCGUUGACGGCAGCGUAUAUCGUUUCCAUCCGAAAUUCCACUCGCUGAUGGUGGAGAAAAUCACAGAACUGAUAAAGCCAGACAUUAGCUUUGAUCUGAUGUUGUCUGAAGAUGGUUCAGGACGUGGUGCCGCACUUGUGGCGGCGGUAGCGUGUCGGGAGGACAAUAUAAAAACAAAGUAAAGCCAUGCUAUGAGGCGUGUAGAAUCCAAAGUAGUAUGUGAAUAAGGCAACUAGAGAUGGAAGCAAGCGUAAGCUACCAGUUUUCCCUCCUCCCAAAAAACAACACAACAUACAUAUGUAUAGAUACAUCUUGUACUUGAAUUAGGCUAACGCUGACACAACGCCAAUACAACAAUAGAAGCAACGUUAAUGUGACAACAGAAAGUCACACAAUUUAAAUAGUAGAAGUAGUGGUAUAAAAAUAAAAACAACAACAAGAAAAAAAACAAAAAACAAAAAAACAAUAGAUAUACAAGAAAACUACGAUGCAACAGCAAUCACAUGACAUGACGUUUUACGCGCAAACUCAGUAGUGAAAGCAACAAAGUGAUAGUAUAUACUAAUUAAAACAGGAUAAAAGGAUGGCGAACGAGAGAGAAAUGUGUGCUGUAAAGUAUCUAGGUAUCUAGCUGUGCAGUGCAACGUGUGAGAGGUGUGGAAGGCCGCAGGCAGCCCUCCUGUGAGCGUGCAGUGUGUGAUGUGACAAGUAUUGCCGUUGUACAUAUUUCUAGAAGUAGCAGCUGUAACUGCGCCAACAACAACAGUAUCAAGAUGAACAGUUGUCACUAGCUUUGUAUAUUUGUUGAUUUUUUAGUGAUACAAAUUUAAAAAUAUGGUGA